GAGACUGUUGUCAAAAGGCAGGACGGAGUAACGCUGCAGGCACCGAGAGACGCGUCUGGCGAUUAGUUACAUGGUUAGUUUCAGGUUUUUAAAUCUUUAGAUUCUCAUUCACUUCAUUUUGUUUAAUGCUGAAUCAAAGGUUUGUCUAACGUUCGCGUUAAAGCGUGGUUAACAUUAGUUUUGAUUUGAAUUCACCAGUGCAUGGGCGCAAGCUAGCUUCCAGUGCUAAACUAACGUCGGUUAACCAUACUUUGAACCUUUUCACAAAAUAUCGAUACCUCUACUUGUUAGUUUUAAGCGUUUCCUUUGUAAAAGACGCAGAGAGCUCUUUAAUUCAAAAUGAGUGCAGCUAUUGCAAAGCCGGCGAAUCCGUCGGCAAAUGUCGACCCAAAAUCAGCUCCUCUCAAAGAAAUCCCAGAGGUCCUGGUUGAUCCACGCACCAUGAAAAAAUAUACGAGGGGGAGAUUCCUCGGUAAGGGUGGUUUCGCAAAAUGCUACGAAAUCACAGACAUGGAGACGAAGCAAGUUUUCGCCGGGAAAAUCGUGCCCAAGUCCCUGAUCCUGAAGCAGCACCAGAGGGAGAAAAUGACCUCUGAAAUCGCCAUUCACAAGAGUCUGAGCCACGCAAACGUCGUGGGUUUCCAUGGGUUUUUCGAAGAUAACGACUUUGUCUUUGUUGUUCUGGAAAUCUGCAGGAGAAGGUCCUUGUUGGAGCUGCAUAAGCGUCGUAAGGCUGUGACAGAACCUGAGGUUCGCUACUACAUGACCCAGCUGCUGAAGGGUGUCCACUACCUGCACAACAACAGAGUCAUCCACAGAGACCUGAAGCUGGGCAACAUCUUCCUUAAUGAUGACAUGGAGCUCAAGAUCGGGGACUUUGGUUUGGCCACUAAGAUCGAGUUUGAAGGCGAGAGGAAGAAGACCCUGUGUGGAACGCCCAACUACAUUGCCCCUGAAGUGCUUUGUAAGAAAGGCCACAGCUAUGAAGUGGACAUCUGGUCGCUUGGGUGCAUUUUGUACACUCUGUUGGUGGGUAAACCCCCAUUUGAGACCUCCUGUCUGAAAGAGACCUACAACCGCAUCAAGAAGAACAACUACACCAUCCCCUGGCACAUCAACCCGUUGGCUUCCAACCUCAUAAAGCGCAUGCUGCAUGCCGAACCCUCCCAGAGGCCGACCAUCGCUGAGCUGGAAGUGGACGAGUACUUCACCACCGGCUACAUCCCCGUACGUCUGCCCACCACGUGCCUCACGGUUCCCCCCCGCUUCUCCAUCGCCCCCACCACCGCUACAGAGCUCAGCCAGAGACGCCCACUGACUGCUAUCAACAACCAAGCAGGGACAGAGAACGUGGGUAUGAAGGAUGAGCAUGUGCAAAGGGAGCCUGAGCCGGCAGAGUGCCACAUUAAAGAGAUGCUGCAGCAGCUCAACACCAUCAUCGCUGCUAAGCCCUCUGAGAAGGCAGUCAUCUGCCAAGAGGAGGCAGAGGAUCCCGCAUGUAUUCCCAUCUUCUGGAUCAGCAAAUGGGUCGACUACUCUGACAAAUAUGGAUUAGGCUACCAGCUCUGCGACAACAGUGUGGGGGUGCUGUUCAAUGACUACACGCGGCUCAUGAUGUACACCGACGGAGACAGCCUGCAGUACAUCGACAAGACGGCCACAGAGUCUUACCUCAGCGCGCGCUCAUUCCCCGUGGCUCUCAACAAGAAGAUAACGUUGCUGAAAUAUUUCCGUAACUACAUGAGCGAACACCUGCUGAAGGCCGGCGCCAACAUGGCCCGGCGGGACGGAGACGAGCUGGCACGCCUGCCCUACCUCUCCCUGUGGUUCAGGACCAAGAGCGCCAUCGUGCUGCACCUCACCAACGGCACCGUUCAGAUCAACUUCUUCCUGGACCACACCAAGCUGAUCCUGUGUCCGCUCAUGAACGCGGUCACCUACAUCGACGAGAAGCGCGAGUUCCGCACGUACAAGCUGUCGCUGCUCGAAGAGUUCGGCUGCACCAAGGAGCUGGCCAGCCGCCUGCGCUACGCUAAGCUAAUGGUGGAGAAGCUGCUGCACAGCAAGCCUUCCCCCGCCACACAAUAGACACGCCUUUAAUCACCGUCUGUCUAUAAUCAGCAACAGACACUUAAAUUCUCAUGUAUUUUAUUCACCUUUCAGGCUGUACAUUGAAAAUUAAUCUUCUAUAUGUUGUACAUUGUUGGAUUUUGGGCAUGAACUCAACCACUUUUAUUUCCUGCUGUUUAAAGGAAACUCUUGAUGAAGCUUAAUCUUGACAACACAUCCUGCUGACGGUAAAUCAAAGAUGGCUGCAGAUAAGAUAAGCCUUAAAGGGACAGAUGGAUGUUGAACGGGAGACAUUGCUCCCAGAUUUCUCUGCUUGUUUGAUUGUUUGUUCAGUCGUGUUUUUUAAAUCACAUGGUGCGGGUUGAGGCUCAGAUGGCUGUGUGGAUGGAAAAAGCUUCUCAGGUCUGCUUCUCUAGUUUUGUCUUUUUAUCUGUGUUGUAUGUAGAGAAAUGGACCAUGUUAAUAUUUCUUCAUCAUGCAUAUUCUUCCUGUAGCUAUAUUUUACUAUUUUUUUACAAGUCUAUUUUAGAUGUCUUGUCCUUUUUCAACACGAAAACUUGUACAUAUACUUCUGAAUAUGCAUACCUGUUGUAAAGAUGGAUUGAUUUUACCCAAGUUUAAAUAAAGAUUCUCUUGAACUUGACAAA